CUUGGGGAGCCACAUCGUGUGUAUUUUACAGCUGCCCGGGCCGCAGCGAGCGCGCCGCCGCAUAGUGGUCGACGGGCCGCCUCGGAUCGCAGCGAUGUCGGGGGCAGCCGAGGCCGCCUUCCGCAAGUGGUACCGGACGCAGUCCGUGGCGGCGGUCCUCUGCACCGGCUUCCUGGUCGUGGAGAAGCCCGUGGCCAUGGGCCUGGCCGCGGAACUGGGCGUCCUCGCGCUGGCCGCCUUCACGGGCGCCUGCGGCUGGCGGCUGCUGCGCUGCACGAAGCAGGAGCUCGUCGUCCUGUACCAGCUCUACGCGGUGCUCUGCACCUGCCUCUGCAUGGCGCUCGUCUACGUCGUCAUGAUGCCCGCGUUCCGGGCCUUCGCCUUCCGCGCGGAGGGCGCCGCCGUGGCGGACCACCACGUCGCGGCGACGUUCGCGUCGCUCGUCUACGGGUGCAUCUCCGCCAAGGCCACGACCUGCGCGAACACCUACGGCGAGGCCGUCGUGCCCAUCCACAAGAAGCGGGACUGAGGCUCUUGUGGAAAUCCCUGUGCAUACCCCUGUCCAUAGUAGUCUGUCCAUAGUAUAAACAACUUAAAUCU